AUGGCCGCUGCUCCUCCCUCUGCCGGUGCACCGCGCGCCUUCGUCCUCGCAUCGCGAGGAUCCGCACUCGCCCAGGCUCAAACUAACAUCGUCCUGUCCACGCUCCAAUCCGCCUUCCCCACAAACUCCUUCUCCACAUCCUUCAUAGCCACCGGGGGCGACAAAAACCAAUCCCAGGCGCUUUACCUCCUCGGGGGCAAGUCUCUGUGGACGAAGGAGCUCGAGGUCGCGCUCCUCGAGGGCACGGUCGACAUGCUCGUGCACAGCCUGAAGGACGUCCCGACCGUGCUUCCCGACGGAUGCGUGCUGGGCGCUAUCUUGGAUCGGGAGGAUGCGUUGGACAGCUUCAUUGCGAAGAAGGGCUUGACGGUCGCGGGGAAGCCCGUAAAGACUUUGGACGAUUUGCCAGAUGGGAGCGUGAUCGGAACGAGCAGCGUGCGGAGGGUCGCGCAACUCAAGCGGAACUACCCAAGGCUUGCGUUCAAGGAUGUGCGCGGAAACCUUAACACCCGCCUCGCCAAGCUCGACGACCCCGAGGGGCCGUACGCCGCGCUCAUCCUCGCGAAAGCUGGCCUCGUGCGCCUCGGGUUCGGGGACCGCGUCACGUCCGACAUCGGUGCGCCGACACUCUUCCACGCCGUCGGGCAGGGCGCGCUCGGGGUCGAGGUGCGCGCGGACGACGCCGAGGCGCUGCGGCUGUGCGCGGCGCUGACGCACUGGCAGACGCAGUGGCAGUGUCUCGCGGAGCGCGGGUGCCUGCGCGUGCUGGAGGGCGGGUGCAGCGUGCCCGUGGGCGUGCACAGUGCGCUAGAUGUGCUCAGGGAUGCGGGCGACGGGAAGUCGAGCGCGCGGUUGAAGCUCAUCGGCACGAUCACGUCGAUUGAAGGUACGCGACAUGUGCAGCACGAGAUCGUGGAGGAGGUGAGCAGCCGGGAGGAGGCAGAGUCCGUGGGUAUGCGCUUGGCGAAGGUGCUGAUCAAUACGGGUGGGCGGGAGAUCUUGGAUGAAAUCGUAGCGGACAGGGAGAAGAGGGCUGGGGAGAGCAAGACGGAUGAGGAGGUGAAGAGAAUCGAAACGGCGAUGGAGGCGCAGGAAGCCUAGAUUGUAUAAGUAUUGCUUUGCUCUCGCUGUAUGCUGUAUCGUUGUCCGCGUGUAGAACCUGUUGUAUGUUGCAGGAAACGAACAAACAAACAAACGAAGACAUAAAAUUUAUUGCC